GUCUGUGGAACUGUUCUACAGUGUGCCAGCCAUACAUGCGAAGAAAUAUGUCACAGUGGCAAAUGUGGGCCAUGCCCACGAUCCGGUGAACGAACUUGCCCCUGUGGAAAAGCAAAGGCAAAUCUGCCCUGUACUGAAGACAUUCCAACAUGUGGGGACACAUGUGAGAAAGAAUUAGAGUGCAAAAUACAUAUGUGUUCAGAAAGAUGUCACACAGGACCAUGUGGUCAGUGUCGUCAACUUUGCAUGAAGAAAUGUCGCUGUGGACAACGUUCCAAGGAGAUCCCAUGCUACAAAGAGUACCUCUGCGAGACAAAGUGUACACGAAUGAAGGAUUGCGGCAAACAUCAGUGUAGACGCAAGUGUUGCGAUAAGAAUUGUCCAUCGUGUGAGCAAGAGUGCGGGAAAACUCUGGGUUGUCGCAACCACAAAUGUUCUAGUCGCUGUCACACGGGGCCUUGUUAUCCCUGUCCUCUAACAGUCCCUGUCACUUGUAACUGUGGGGCGACUAAAGUCAUUGUGCCAUGUGGCCGUGACAAAGUUACACGCCCACCCAGAUGUAAACUGCCAUGCAAAAUUCCACCUGAUUGCCAUCAUCCCACCAGAAUUGAACAUAGAUGUCACUUCAAUAGGUGCCCACCAUGCCGCCAGGUUUGCGGGAAAAAUCAUGAAAAAUGUUCCCAUACUUGCCCUGCCAUAUGCCAUAGUGCUGUGCUUACUAAGGUCCAACAAGGAAAGACAAAGUUUCCUUGGGAGGCUCGGCCUGAGGUCAAACUUGAACAAAAGAACUUUGAGUGCCCUCCGUGUCUGGUUCCUGUACCAGUGACAUGCUUGGGUGAACAUGAGACAGUAAACAUUCCAUGUUGGACUGCUAGGGUACAGUCAUGUGGUAGAGAGUGUAAAAGGUUACUACCAUGUGGGAACCAUACGUGCAGCUUAGAAUGUCAUAAGGUUACACAGGCUAUAUCCUCUGAUCAGGCUGGCACAAACUGUUCCCAGUGUGAGGAGCCAUGUGAGAAAGCGAGGGCAAAAGGAUGCUCCCAUCCAUGUGUUCUGGCUUGUCAUCCAGAUGAAUGUCCUUCCUGCAAACAGAUGAUCCGAAUGCGAUGUCACUGCCAGCUAGUUGUCCAGUAUGUGGAGUGUUAUAAAUGGACCAGGGCAGGGCAGAGAGAGAAAGAUCACUUGAAGGCUUGUCCUAGUCAAUGUCCAAAGAUGCUGAAGUGUGGCCAUCAAUGCACAGCCAUUUGUCAUCCUGGGAGUUGCCCAGGGGCAGAGACUUGCACUAAAAAGAUGACAGUGAAAUGUCCUUGUAAAUUCAUCAAGAAAGAGUUCCCAUGUCAUGAGGUCAUCAAGAAGAAGAUAGUGCUACAGUGUGAUGAAGUUUGUAAGAUGACAAGAGAAAAACAGCGUCAGUCCAAGGAUGACAAGGACAAACAGAAACAGGAAGAAGAUCUAAAACGUCAACAGGAAGAGCUGGAGGAAUUUGAAAGGAAAUUAAAGAAGCCAAAAAGAAAACCUCGUAAACAGCGUGUAGUUGAGGAGGAACCUUCCUUUAUUCAAAGAUUCUGGAAAGUUGGACUUUCAAUCCUGGUGCUAUUGGUUGCAAUCAUAACAUAUCUCAUAAUUUAUGCUAUGUAGGUAAUCUGAACUCUACAAUAGGCGGUUAACACUACUUAAAACAUUUCAGAAAAUUACUCUCAGCCUUUCAUAUGAGAGAAAUAUAGUAUUUUAUGAAGGUUUUAUUGUUAAAUUGUUUUUAAGUCGAGAUCUUCCUUUGCUGAAACUAGUCAGUACAUUUACAUUUACUUCCAUGUUAAACUCCAUUGAGUUCCAUGUUAAACUAAGGUUCAUUUACAUACAUAACUUCCAUGUUAAAGUGUUAACUAGUAUACUGUUAGUCAUUUGAGUUCCAUGUUAAAGUGUUGACUAGUAUAUUAUAUUAUGUAUUUUACUUUCAAGUCUAUGAAUAACAAGCAGAUCUGCCUGUGCUAUUAUUUAGUGUUCAGUAUCAAAUAUAUAUUUUUGUUAGAUAUGUAGGUCUAUGUAUGUGAUUAUUUUUCGUGAUCUUUCAAGGUUUUUUUUCUAAGGAGGUGCUAAAUCUUCAUUUUACUAAUGUUUCAUCAUGGCAAGGUGAAAGAAGAUUUUGAAAUAGUGGUGUGUAAUUUUCAGAUUUUAAACGGGUGACAGUACCUGAUUGCUCUAAGUGCUGGGGAGAUCACUGAUAUUAUUUUGUUUGUGGGAAGAAUCAUGUAUGAGUAUUUAGGGAGUUUGGUGUUGAGAUGGUUAGAAGGGAUACUUUGACAUCCUUAAGGAGUCUCAUUGAUAUUCUCAUCUAAGGUUAGGAAUAACUAAAUUUUAUUUUAAACGCAGUAUGGGUUUUAUAUACUCAUAGGGAUGGUGUUCAAAUUGGAAUUAGUUGUGUUAUGGUUUAACCCUCCAACCUUCCCAGAUAAUAACAUUGAAAAUGGUGAUUUGCACUCUCUUCAAAAAACUUUUUUUCAUUGACAAUAUCUUCAAGUUAACUAUCCUUCUGUAACUAUUGACAUUUGGACACCAUCAUCCAAAAGUAUUUUCACAUCCAGUAUUAGUAAAAUAAUUACUGUAUUUCACUUAUUUAAGUACUAUAUUUACCUUUAAUUUUAUGUUCAAAGUUUCACCCAAGAAACAUUUUCAAAAUAAAUGUGGGAUGUAAUUUAACAAAGUUUGAUUUCGUUCAAUUGCAAUUAUAACUAAUAUUAUAAUUAACUGUGUUAUGUAUCACUGAAAACCAUGUUACCAGAAACAGCAACAUAUUAUAGACAAUGACAAGUUUACAUCAAGCUAAUCUU